AUGCCGCUGCUGCCGCUGCUGCUGCUGCUGACAUCGCAGCCUGCUGCCUCCGCGCCGCCCGCCCGCGACCCGUUCGCCCCGCAGCUUGGGGACACGCAGAACUGCCAGCUGCGAUGCCGCGAGCGCGACCCCGGCCCGCGGCCCUCGCAGCCUGGGCUUGAGGGCUCCUCCGAGUCCCCAUAUGACAGAGCCGUUCUGAUCAGCGCUUGCGAGCGUGGCUGCCGCCUCUUCUCCAUCUGCCGAUUUGUGGCCAGGAGCUCCAAGCCCAAUGCCACCCAGACUGAGUGUGAAGCAGCCUGUGUGGAAGCCUACAUGAAGGAGAUGGAACAGCAGGCCUGCAGUGAGGGCUGCUGGAGCCAGACCCUGGAGCCGGAGCCCGAGUCCCAGCUGGAGCAGAAGAGAAAGGUCCUGGAAGCUCCAAGCGGGGCCCUCUCCCUCCUGGACUUGUUUUCCACCCUCUGCAAUGACCUUGUCAACUCAGCCCAGGGCUUCAUCUCCUCCACCUGGACAUACUACCUGCAGACUGACAAUGGAAAGGUGGUGGUGUUCCAGACCCAGCCCGUAGUAGAGAGCCUUGGGUUCCAGGGAGGCCAUCUGCAGCGAGUGGAGGUGACCUGGCGGGGAUCCCAUCCUGAGGCCUUGGAGGUGCAUGUGGACCCUGUAGGCCCCUUGGACAAGGUGAGGAAGGCCCGGAUCCGAGUCAAGACCAGCAGCAAGGCCAAGUUGGAGUCUGAAGAGCCGCAGGACAAUGACUUCCUCAGUUGCAUGUCCCGGCGCUCGGGACUGCCUCGCUGGAUCCUGGCCUGCUGCCUCUUCCUGUCUGUGCUGGUGAUGCUGUGGCUGAGCUGCUCCACCCUGGUGACCGCGCCAGGCCAGCAUCUCAAGCUCCAGCCUCUGACCCUGGAGCAGCACAAGGGCUUCAUGAUAGAGCCAGACUGGUCCCUGUAUCCUCCCCCAUCACACACCUAUGAGGACAGCCUCCCACCCUACAAGCUGAAGCUGGACCUGACCAAGCUGUAAGCCUCCAUCAGCCUGGGCACGGCCAAGCGCAGCAGCCCCUCGGGCCUCACUUGCCCUGUGCCCAGGAGUCCGAGGCCAGGGUGGGACCCUCCUUGGACUCUUCCAUCCCCAGAUUCUUCUUCUCCCCCCAGUCCCACCCCUUGCUGCCCUGAGUCCUGGGGGCAUGAUGCUUCUGCUGGGGUGGGGGUGGGGCGGUAAUUUGGCCUUGGUUUCUUCCCGUCCUGGCUUUCCCCGGGGUGUGCUACUUUCUGUCUUCUGUCAUGUGGCUUUCUGAGUAUUUGAGCCCCAGUCUUGUGUCUCCUGCCUUCUUCCUUCUCUGCCCCGUCUCUGGGGGAGGCUGCAGGGCAGUGCCUCCUGCCAGGGCUGCCCCUCCUUCCCCUGCACACCACCAGAGACCCAGCCCCCAAGAGAGGGGCGGAGCGGUGGGCAGCUUCAUGCUGGAAGGGGGCUGGGGUUGUGGCAUGGGAAUGGGGAGGAAUAAACUAUGUAUAUAAAAGACA